AUGAAGUUCACUCGGGGGGGGGGCAGGGGCCCCUUUUCCCUUUUUCUUUUCUUUUUAAUCUUUUUAAUUUCAAUUCUUUUCUGCUGCGCCUCCCCUGACGAGGAAGUCGCAGUAAACCCCUACGGGGAUUCGCCCAAGCCCGUGCCCUCCAGCAGAUCGAAACUCGCAAAGCCGCGGGUGGACGCGGAGCCACAGCCCCCAGCAGCAGCAGCAGCAGCAGCAGCAGCAGCAGCAGCAGCAGCAGAAGUCCCGCCUCCGUUGCCGGUAAACCCCCCCGUGGGCCCCCCUUUGUUAUCGCUGCCGCCCCUCGCGGAGGGGCCCCCUGGAGGCCCCUUUUCCCGCGACUCUUCCGGGAGGGAGUACCCUCCCGAGGGGCCCCCGGGGGGCCCCCCGGGGGCCCCCCCGGGCAGGGCCCAGGCGCUGGCCAUGUUCAUGGAAGAUGUCUCCGGAGUUGUGCGGAAGGCCUGGGCGCUGCUGUGGCUGCCGCGGAUCCGCAGGGGCCUUGCUGCUGCUGAGGAGCUGCGUGCUGCAGCAGCAACAGCAGCAGAAGGGGAGCGGCUUGCUGCAGCAGAGAAGGUGCGGGUCUUCACGGCCUUGACGGAGUCCGCGCAGCACUUAAUAGGCCAGGUGGCGGGGCAGUAUUUGCUGCUGCAGCAGCGGAACUUGUUCAAGUAUUUUGUUGCACAUGUUGCUGCUGCUCUCGAGUUCUCUUUCGUUUAUUCGCUGCAGCUGCUGCAGCGGCCUGCUGCUCCUGUGGGGCCCUUAGCAGCAACGGCCUUUGAGGAGGAAAGAGCUGCUGCUGAGGAAGCAGCAGAGCCCCAAAUCCUCAGGCCAGACGGCACCCUCGUUGCUGCGCCCCCAGCCAUGCUGCAGCAGCAGCAGCAGCAGCAGCAGCAGCAGCAGCAGCAGCAGCAGCAGGACUCCCACUUCCAGCAGCAGACGCAGCAGACGCAGCAGACGCACCCCCACCACAACCAGUAG